CUUAUUUUUCUUUGUCUUCUUCUUCCUCUUCCUUUCUCUUUGUCUUCAAAAAAGAUUUGCAGCUGUCACUGCUAGAAUUUUCAAGUUUUUUUUUUUCCCACAAUACAAAAUUUUGAAAACCAUGUCCUCCAGUCAUCGUAGGGAUGAGCAUCAACAUAGCCAGUAUCGACUCCAUCUCAGAAGUAAACAUGGACUACACCAUCACAAUGUAUUUCCAGCAGAGCUGGAGAGACAAGCGUUUGGCCUACGGAGAGCUGAAACUGAACCUGACUUUGGACAACCGUGUAGCAGACCAGCUGUGGCUCCCUGAUACUUACUUCCUUAAUGACAAGAAGUCCUUUCUUCAUGGAGUGACGGUGAAAAACCGAAUGAUCCGACUGCACCCUGAUGGCACCGUCCUAUACGGACUAAGAAUAACAACUACUGCUGCCUGCAUGAUGGACUUGAGGAGAUACCCUCUGGAUGAACAGAACUGCACUCUGGAAAUUGAAAGCUACGGAUAUACAACAGAUGACAUCGUAUUCUUUUGGGAAGGAGAUGACAAAGCUGUGACCGGGGUUAAAGAGUUGGAAUUACCUCAGUUCUCCAUUGUGGACGUCCGCCUGGUGUCCAGGGAGGUCAGGUUUACUACAGGUUCAUAUCCACGGCUCUCAUUGAGUUUCAGGAUUAAGAGGAACAUAGGCUAUUUCAUCUUGCAGACAUAUAUGCCCUCCAUCUUGAUCACCAUCCUCUCCUGGGUCUCCUUCUGGAUCAAUUAUGAUGCCUCUGCAGCUCGCGUGGCCCUCGGUGUGACAACGGUGCUUACCAUGACCACGAUUAACACCCACCUUAGGGAGACCCUCCCAAAGAUUCCUUACGUGAAAGCCAUCGACGUCUACCUCAUGGGCUGUUUUGUGUUCGUGUUCCUGGCCCUGCUUGAAUAUGCCUUUGUAAAUUACGUGUUCUUUGGCCGGGGCCCUGCGCAACAGAAGAAAAUCAAUGARAGGCUGGGCAAAGUCAACAACGAGCGUACGAGAUACGAGGAGAAGCGCCUGAGGGAACAGGACUCCAUUUCCGUGCCGUUUCAAACCAACACCUUCAGGUCAUUUACACAGCGAAGAAAUCUGUAUCUCGAGGAACAAAGAAAAGUUGGGGUGGACGCUUACGGGAACAUCCUCCUCACCACGCUGGACAUGAACAACGAGGUGAUGCCUUCCGACGUGGGGAGCAGCGUCAGUGACUCUCGGAAUUCCGUCAUGUCCUUCGACAGCUCCGGYGUCCAGUUUAGGAAGCCCAUGGCGCCCCGGGAUGGCUACGGCCACCACUCGCUGGACCGGAGCGCCAUGCGGAGCCGCGCCAACUGUCGGCUACGGCGACGCUCCUCCAAGCUCAAGUUGAAAAUCCCCAACCUGUCYGAUGUUAGCACCAUCGACAAGUGGUCCCGGGUCAUUUUCCCCAUCACCUUUGGAUUUUUCAACCUAAUCUACUGGUUGUACUAUGUGAAUUGAUGCGCAUCCCACUAGGAAUCAUGGGCCAUAUUUUGAGAGCACAUUAAAUUGGCUUUGAUACAGUUCCMAAAUAUGUAUACACAUAUACAAGUUGAACAUAUGUAUAUGCAUAUUUCCAUAUAUUAUAUUUAUAUAUACACAUGUGAAAUCCGAAGAACMUUUCUGCUGUACAAAGUAUUACUAGGAUGACUUGAAUGUUUAAGAAUACUUGUGCGAGAAGAAUUUCAACGCUUCUUUUUUUGUUUGUUUGUUUGUUUUUUCCUCCUGAAACAAACAUGAGAUCCUCCCCACCAGGGGUUUUUCAGAACUAAAGACUGCAUGAUAUUUUUGCUAAAAAAACAAAACAAAACAAAAAGAAAAGUGGAGAAAAAAAAGCAAAAAGAAAGAGGGGGAAGUGAAAGCUCUUGAGAGAGAAGAUGUCUCGGAGUCCCAUUGACUUUUUAUUGAUACUUAUCGUACUCAGAAAUCCUCUUCUGCAGCUCGAGAAAUCAGCGGUGGCUCGCGCGUCCGGGMAUCGACUCACUGAGGUCCUUGACGCCACCKCUGGUCCCCGCCGCCCCCGCCCUCCUACCCUCUGCCGUUACCCCACUGGAGGACRACAUGCACGGAAACCGCUCCGUUUCUACUAUGUACAGCAACCUUGUUUGGAUUAUGUGUUGUUCUUUGGCUUUUUUUUGUUUUUAGAGUGAAUAUUGUUCACCUUAUGAGACAUCAGCUCCGGCCAAAUGGUCUCCGUUCGGUUGGCGUACGGAUAGGAUGUCUGACUGCUGCWUUUCCACCCAGAGUCAACUUGUAUUACUUUUUCACUCUCUUUUGUUUUUGUUUAAUUUUUUUUUCUAUUUUAUUAGAAACACAUCCUCGGAGUGGUGGGAUGUGGGUGGGAUCRUGGUUGAGGUUACCGGUGGAGAAAGAGGUGGGGAUUUUUAAAUUUUCUUUUUCAUUAUAGGUAAAAAAAAACAAACACUGCUUAUUGCAGAUAUGAUUUCAUCUUAACAAAAACUGUGAUUUCAGAGAGUCAGACCAUGUUUUAGGGGGCUGAGAUAAAAGAGUAAGAGGCGUGCAUUGCUGGGUCUGAUUGUUUGGGGGAGAGRGGAAGAUAUUCUGUACAUUUAAAUUAUUCAGUAUUCUCACAAA